GAGAGAGUGAGGUACAGUAGAUGAAGACAGACAGACAGUCAAAGGCAAUAAAGAGAGGUGAGACACUAAGACUGAAAAGCAUCUUCAAGGAGUGAGACAGGGAGACAAAAGGAAGUGGAAUAUAUUCGUCCUACAGAUCUUUGGCAACAAGAGAAACUGUGCCGGUUGGGGGGUUACCAUGGAAACCAGGAUGGUGAUGCAUCGAGAGCAGGAGGAGCAGUCGUCCCAGAUGUCUCACAGCAUGCAGCUGUCCUCCCAGAUCAAGAAGAGGACCUUCACGUCAAGCGAUGAGGAGGCCUCCUAUUCAGGUGUCUUUCCUAUCAUACCCGGUGAUGUCAUGUCAGUCAAAGAGGUCCUCAACAUGGACAACUUCCCUCGGCACAGGACAUGGGAAAUCCUAAAAGAAACCAUGGCUGCUGAUGAAGAGUAUGAGAGAGAGCAGUGGACAAUGUUUGGGAAUGAGGCGGAGAGGGUGGAAAUCGAUGUGAUCAGGAACCAGCAGUUGUUAUGCACUCGUGUUAACAAGAUAGCUCUUCGCAAACAGGCAGAAAUGAAGGCAUCUGCCCACAUGAGGUACCUGGAGCAACUGAGUCAGAAGGCCCCAGACUUUCCAAUCCCUCUGAGGGCUCACACCGUCUGGCAAGGCAUGACUGUGAAACUCUCCUGCACUGUCCAGGGCUGUCCAACCCCAAAGGUGACAUGGUACAAGGAUGGUGAGCCGCUGAUCAUAUCUGACCAACCGUGGAAUUACAAUCUUCAACAAAAAUUUGGUCUCAACACACUGGAGAUCAGAAGGUGCUCUCCUGAUGAUGCUGGCGAGUACAAAGUGGUAGCCAAGAGUCUCCUGGGUGAAGCUGUGACCUUUGGAACGCUCGUGGUGAACUCAUAUCAAGGAGCCGUGGCUGGCUCAGAGUGCUCGCAGACCUCCGCCUUACAGCUUCAACAGGAAGCUCGGUUUGGCACCUCCUUUCCCCCGACCUGGGUGAAAGAGGGUGACACCCUUACCCUGGAGUGUACGUUCACCUCAGCUCUGCUCCUCUUCCAGAAGGAUGUCAGCUGGUUUAGGGAUGGUGUACAACUGCAUCAAUCCAGCAAUGUGGAGAUUAAAACAUUUGACACCAAGGCCGUCAUCACCUUAAGGGCUGCACACAAGGAGCAUGAAGGUCUUUAUGCUGCAAGACUGAGAACCACAGAUGGAAUCCAAGAGCACAGCGCUUUUGUCUAUCUCACAGAUGCAUCAGCUGCAGUGGUGGGCGGUCCCGCGUCUCCUCUCGCAGUGCAGGUGUCUGACGUGAACAAGGACUACGUUUUCCUGACUUGGCAGCCGCCCAGCGCUGAUGGAGCUUCACCUGUGCAGGGAUAUUAUGUGGAACGAUGUGACCUCGGCCAGGGUGAGUGGGUGCGCUGCAAUGUGGAUGUUCAAAAGAUUUGCCAUUACCCAGUGUUCGGGCUGAAGGAAGGAACUCUGUACCAGUUCAGAGUACGUAGUGUGAACCAGGCCGGUGCAGGGCGCCCCUCCAAAUUGCUCCAUAAGUGCUAUUGGAGGACAAAUGCCUACCAAAUCAGCACCAUGGUGGUUACAGUGGACAGGGGAAGGACCAUUACAAUCACAAAAGAUGAACUGGAAGGUCGAAUCAAAGCUCCUUUUCCUCCCACAAAUGUCCACGCCUGCGAGGUGAGCGACACCUACGUGGUGCUGAGCUGGACCGAGCCUGAACCCAGAGGCAGGGAGCCGCUCACCUUCUACGUGGAGCGGUUGCCAUGUUACACCUGCAAGGAAAUCAGCACUACCAGAGAGAACAGAUUGGUUACAGUGGACAGGGGAAGGACCAUUACAAUCACAAAAGAUGAACUGGAAGGUCGAAUCAAAGCUCCUUUUCCUCCCACAAAUGUCCACGCCUGCGAGGUGAGCGACACCUACGUGGUGCUGAGCUGGACCGAGCCUGAACCCAGAGGCAGGGAGCCGCUCACCUUCUACGUGGAGCGGUCCCUGACAGGAAAAAACAGCUGGGAGAUGGUGAGUCUGGACAUGGUGGUAAACUCUCCCAGGUUCCCAGUAUUUGACCUGGUGAAGGGCAAGCAGUACUACUUCAGAGUGCGUUCAGUCAACAAGUAUGGUGUCAGUGAUCCCUCUGAGCCGAGCACACCGAUCUCCCUCGGAAAGCCACAAGCCGUGCCAGCUCCACCUCACUCUGUCAUGGCAAUUAGAGACACAGACACCUCUGUGCUGCUGCAGUGGCAAGAGCCCGAAGACAAAAACGGCAUUCUGGGAUAUUAUCUGUACUACAGCGAAGCUGGCAAACACAACUGGAAGACAGUUAACAACAAGCCCUUUGCUAAAAACAGGUUUACAGUCCAUGGCCUCAAGACUUGGAAGGACUACGUGUUUAGAGUAAAGUGUGUGAGCCGAGCAGGAAACAGCAGCUAUUCAGACGAGUCUCAACCCAUCAUGGUCAAAUCAGCCAUUUAUGUUCCUUCUGCUCCCUCUGCCAUCGCCCUUCUGCUAUGCACUGGGUCAGAGAUGGUUUUGGGCUGGAGGGCUCCGUUCUCUGAUGGGGGAAGCCCUGUACGUGGCUACUAUCUGGACCAGAAGGAAAAGGGCAUGGAAAUAUGGAGAGAGGUCAACGUCAAACCUGUCAAAGAGCGCCAGUUCAAGGUUUGCAACCUGACAAGCGGACAUUUCUACCAAUUCCAUGUGUUUGCUGCCAACAUGGUCGGCAUCGGGAAACCGUCUGAACCCAGUGAAGCUUUCCUAUGUGAGAAGUGGACGAUGCCAGAGCCAGGCUGCCCCUACGACCUGGAGAUCAGGGAGGUGAGAAACGGCUCCCUGGUGCUCUUAUGGGCUGCUCCGCUGUAUGAAGGACGAAGCCCCGUCACUGGCUAUUUGCUCGAAAUCAGCCAGGGUGACCAAUCAGAGAACUGGACUGCUCUGAGUGAAAAAACUAUUUCUGACACGCAUUACAAGGUGUCGGCACUUCAGAUGGGUGAGACCUAUCGUUUCCGUGUGUCGGCUAUCAAUGAGGCUGGCGUGGGUCAUGCCUCUCUGCCCUCUGAGCCAGUGAUAGCUCAGACACAACCAGGCACCAAAAACAUUGAGAUUGGUGUGGAUGAUGAUGGCUUCAUAUUUUUGGGAUACGAAGCUGCUGAGAUGAAUGAUGAGAGCAAAUUCCUCUGGAGCAAAAAUUACACAGACCCAAUUGGUGCUGGGAGAGUGAGAGCAGAAACCAAGACAAAUAGGUCAGUCCUCACCUUCACAGACCCCUCUGAGGAGGAUCUGGGUCUCUACACGGUGAACAUGAGCGACAACCCCCAGCAGUCGUCCAGCUACGAUUUCACAGCUGAAGAUCUUGAACGGCUCAAAGAACUCAGUUGGCAAGUCAGAAACCCGUUGAUUGCACUGAAGUCAGCCUGGCAGGUGGAGGUUUCUGAGAAAGGCAGUGUACGGCUUUGGCUUCAAACUGAGAGUCUGAGUAAUGCAGCUGAGCUCCGUCUAAUCUUCAAUGACCGGGAAAUCUCCAGCACGCCGCACCGCAAGAUCAACUUUGACAAGGCCAAAGGUUUGGUGGAGAUACUGUUUGAUCAGCUCUCUCAGGAGGAUGAGGGCUCGUACACGGCACAGCUGAGAGACGGCCGCGCCAAGAACCAGUUCACUUUGGUCUUUGUGGAUAAAAAGUUUCGUGAGAUGCUGGCCUUGGCUGAUGCAAUCCGACAUGACAACAAGAGGAAGACUGGUCCUUAUUUCCAGGAAUUCUUGUCCUGGAGUGUAAAUGAGGAUUGUGAAUUAAUUUUGAAGUGCAAGGUGACAAAUGCAAAAAAGGAAACAUCUCUCAAGUGGUUUAAGGAUGGUUUGGAGGUGACUCAGGUUGCGUAUGAUCCAUCAUCAGGGGUCAGCGUGCUUACUAUCCCACAGGUUACAAAGAAAGAGGCAGGCUCGUACAGAGCUGUGGUGUCAGACGGGAGAGGAGAAGAUGUGAGCACCUUGGACUUGCUGGAUGAAGAGUAUGACAAGCUUCUCCAGCACCUGAGUAAACAGUGCGCAUUAUCAGCCAGCUCACUGAAGAUUCAGAGCACCGGUGAAGGCUUCAAGCUCUACUGCUCACUUAAAUACUACAUAAGCUUCCUGAAGACCAGCUGGUACUUCAAAGAGAAGAGGAUUGACGAGGAAGCCAGAACAAAGCCUGGCAGCAGCAUGCAGAAGGUUUGGAUUGAAAUCUUCAACCCAACAGAGAACGAUAAAGGAAAAUACACAUUGGAGAUGUUUGAUGGCAAAGAGACACACAAACGGUUUCUUGACCUGUCGGGACAAGCUUUUGAUGACGCUCUGUUGGAGCACCAGAGGUUAAAGCAGCUGGCCAUUGCAGAGAAAAAUCGGGCUAAAGUGACAAAAGGCCUUCCUGAUGUGGUAGCCAUUAUGGAGGGCAAGUCUCUGUGUCUAACGUGCUACAUUGAUGGCGAACCAGCCCCAGAGAUCUUCUGGCUUCGUAACGAUAGGGAGAUAUUCAGCCAGGAUCACUUUACAAUCACUAAGGCGCCCAAGUGCAGCAGCAUCACUAUAAACAAUGUCAACGUGGAAGAUUCUGGAAAGUACAGCAUCUUUGUACGCAACAAGUACGGCUCUGAAACGGUUGACGUGACCGUGAGUGUUUACAAGCAUGGGGAGAAACCUCCAGCUAAUGCAGUGGAGUUGAGUUAGGACUCCAAACUGAGUCAAAAAUCGAUAUUUCUGCAGGGAGUGAGGGUUUACCAAGAUCUGCGCACAUGUUGCUUUUGAGAAUUUCCUGCAAACAAACCACAGUAUCCUCUACUCCAGGAUUUGCUUCUACUUUAUUUGAUGUGUCUAGUAUUUUGCUUAAUGAAACUCUUUUCGGCUGAUUAUCUUAUAAAAUACCACUAUAGCCAGUGUUCUGCAGUAAAUGGUAGCAUUUUCUGUAAGCAAUUAGAUACAUAUAGAUACGAUAUGUAAUUGACAUUACGGAGCUAGUUUGCUGGCUUUUACUUGCUCCACUAGCACUGAAUUUGCACUGCAUUUUAUCAUUUAUCUGCUUUUGGUCAUGCUGCCAGUUUCAACAAGUCUCGCUUUAAGUGCUUUUGAAAAACCCUAAACUCUGAUCUUAGUUUCCGUUGAAGCAGAUUUGUAUUUUUUUCUGUGUGUGUGUAGUGAAUAAAGGG